AUAGAGAAUGUAUUCUCCAUGUUAGGGGUUGUGCCCUGCAAUGAUUGGAUGUGAUCAGCUGAACCAAUCAUUCAUAUUUUUCAUCUGAAACUAUUCCUAUCCAAUUUAUAACAUCUACCUGUUUGAGCCCCCCCAUGCCAGAUUCUGGGCUUUUCAUUGUCUGUAUUCUUGCCAGACUGUCUGAUGUUGCUCAUGUCCUAAAGGCUGUAUUUGUCAAUUUCCUGUGUCCGCUCAUCCUUCUUGCAAGCUGAAAUCCAAUUAUCAGCAAUCUAAUCCAUCUCUGUCGUCUUUUAACAACCGUCUGUCUGUUGCUGGAUGCUGGUAUUGUUUUUCUUCCCACGUCUCCAGUAAUAAACGAGAAGGGGGGGAAAUACCGUUUAAUUUCUCAAUGGAUUACUUGGAUGUAAAUCACAUUAGCCUUUCCCUAACGUCCUGGGAACAUGAUAUUGAAACUGCACUUGGGGUUGUGCAUGUUACUAUGAGUGGCAACACAAGGGGGAAUAGGCCUGUGCUCCUCACGUACCAUGACAUCGGCCUGAACCACAAAUCCUGCUUUAACUCUUUCUUUAACUUCGAUGAUAUGCAUGAAAUAACCCAACAUUUUGCCGUAUGCCAUAUCGAUGCACCUGGGCAGCAAGAAGGUUCCCCCUCGUUUCCAACUGGGUACCAGUACCCUACAAUGGAUGAAAUGGCUGAAAUGUUAACAGCAGUAUUAACCCAUUUAAACCUCAGAAGCGUUAUUGGCAUUGGAGUUGGAGCCGGUGCCUAUGUAUUAUCAAGAUUUGCACUAAAUAAUCCAUUAUUGGUGGAGGGGCUUGUACUUAUUAAUAUUGAUCCCUGUGCUAAGGGCUGGAUCGACUGGGCUGCUUCCAAGAUGUCAUUUUGGACGACUAAUAUUGUAGAGGUUGUGCUGGGUCACCUGUUCGGCUAUGAGGAACUUCAAUCCAAUCUGGAUCUGGUACAAACAUACAGGCUGCACAUCGCCCAGGACAUCAACCAAGACAACCUAGAGCUUUUUGUAAACUCCUACAACAGCCGCAAAGACCUGGAAAUUGAAAGACCUAUUUUUGGUUCCGGAACUCCUACCAAUACCAUUAAGUGCCCUGUGUUGUUGGUGGUUGGUGACAGUUCUCCUGCAGUAGAUGCAGUGGUUGAAUGUAACACCAGACUUGACCCAACAAGGACAACUCUCCUUAAGAUGGCAGAUUGUGGGGGAUUGCCACAAGUGGUUCAGCCUGGGAAGCUGACAGAAGCCAUCAAAUACUUUGUUCAGGGAAUGGGAUACAUCCCUCAUGUUCAGCUUAGUCAUCUGAGCACGGAAUCAGUGCCAUCAGCCAGCAUGACCAGAUUAGUCCGUUCCCGCACUCAUUCCGCUUCAAGCAGUGGGUCCAUGGAAAUCCCGCGCAGCCGAUCUCACACCAGCAAUGCCCAACUGCAAUCCACCUCCAGCAACUCCCUGUCAAACCAGAUCCAAGAAGCUCCGCAGACCAUUGAAUUAUCCUGCUAAAUUAUUUUUCCCUUUUGUUUUUUAAAUCGGUAUCUAGCAUUUCCUGUACUUUGGACCCAUCCAGAUACUAAACAUCCUUCAACUUUAGGAAUGGCCUUCCCAUUCCUCACUGUUAAUCUGUGUGUUUGCAUGACCACAUUCUAUAUUUCCCCUUGUUAGUCUAAAAAGAUUAUUUUCAUUCCUAUUUCUCCCUUUCCAGUUUGAAUCUGGCGCUGAGAAUUUCCGAUGCAGUUCAGCUGCUUUGUGCGGCAGGCUAAAAUUAAUCUUUUCCCCAUUACCUCAAAUCUUUGUAAGAAAAAGCACUUUUUUUGUCUUUUUAUUUAAAGGGGGUCUUUUCUUAGUGAUGCAUUCAAUCAUAUCAUUGGCUUAAGGUUAUCCCAGGGCUGAAUUUAGCCCACGUGCACUUGUUCUACUUUUCAGAAUUAAAUAGACACCGGUAGAAGGAUUGUACAUUAAUGGUGAAUAGAGGGAAUCCUACAGCCCUGAUUUGUUUAUAAUGUCAUUCUUUAUGUGUGUUUAUGUUAAUUAUAUUCUAAUUUGUUGUCUGCUUUUUUUGUGUUGUUUUUGCGCUUGUGUUGAAAAUUCCCUUGAACAUUCAAACCUUUUUUCCAAAUGACACUAAGAUCAUUCUUUUUUUGGGUGUGCUUUUUCUUAAAGAUGUAGAUAGUAACCAACAUCCAGUAGAAUUUAAGAGGUUUGCUGACUGCAUUGUGCUAGUUUAAAUGGUUUUGCUGUAGGAUCUAUAGACAGAGCUGUACAAAAGCAAUGCGGAUUCAACUUCAGAGCCUGUUGCUCACACAACAGAGCAUUGCUGAUGAUGAUCCAGUGAGGUUGUAGGGGUCCUUUUUAUAGUUCGCAAGCAGCAAAAUAAUAGGUAGUGGUUAAAUAUAUUCUACCAAAAAGACUUGGCUUGUUUUGUCGGUUUGUACUGUGCUUUUGUUCAUAGCUGCUGUAUUUACAUUUUAGAAUCCAUUUAAUUCUUGGCAUGUCAAGAUCCGACAUUGUCCACAAGACCCUAUGUAUUUGGGUAUACAAAGCUAACUAUUCCCACACUAUAGUGUGUCUUUGGGGCCACCACCUACUUCUUACAGUGGAAGAAAAAGGGACUUAUUUCAUGUUUUCGUAACCAAUAUCUCCUGACCUAUAACCUUUGGUUUCCUACUGUUAGCGACGUUAGGUAUAGGCAAUCGGCUUCCAUUCCAGUACACUUUCUACUUGCUAAUAAAGCUGUAAAAUGUUUAAUUAUU